UCCUGCUCCGGGCGCACCGCCUGCUCGCACAGCAGCCGGGCUGUCCGAGGGCCCCAGCGCCGGGGGCGGCGGCGGCGGGGAAGCCCGGGCGCAACGAAUCAGGAGAGAUCCCCGCGCCGAGCCGGCCGAGCCAGCCCAGCCAGCCGCCACCGCCUCCGCGCCGCCCCCGCGGGCUGCCGGGGGCCCGGCGCGCCCAUCCUCCGCCCAGCCACCGGCUCCCGCGGCCCGCCGUCCGCUCGCCGGUUCGUCGCCCGCGCGCCAUGCAGCCGCCUCCACCGACCCCGCGCGCGUAGGCGCCCGCCGCAAGCCAUGCUGCCCCUGCUCGCCGCGCUGCUGGCCGCCGCCUGUCCGCUGCCUCGGGCCCACGGCGGGGCGGCGGACGCGCUGGGCCUCCUCGGGGCGCCCUCCAACGCCACCGUGAACGCUUCGUCCGCCCCGCGGCUGCUGGCCUCGGCGGCCCCCGCGUCCCCCGAGCGCCCCGGCCCCGAGGAGGCGCCGGCGGCCGCGCCGUGCAACAUCAGCGUGCAGCGGCAGAUGCUGAGCUCGCUGCUCGUGCGCUGGGGCCGCCCGCGGGGCUUCCAGUGCGACCUGCUGCUCUUCUCCACCAACGCGCACGGCCGCGCCUUCUUCGCCGCCGCCUUCCACCGCGUCGGGCCGCCGCUGCUCAUCGAGCACCUGGGGCUGGCGGCCGGCGGCGCCCAGCAGGACCUGCGCCUCUGCGUGGGCUGCGGCUGGGUGCGCGGCCGCCGCCCGGGUCGCCUCCGGCCCGCCGCAGCCGGCGCCACCGCCACCGCCACCGCCACCACCGGGGCACCCACGGCGCUGCCCGCCUACCCCGCGGCCGAGCCACCCGGGCCGCUGUGGCUGCAGGGCGAGCCGCUGCAUUUUUGCUGCCUGGACUUCAGCUUGGAGGAGCUGCAGGGCGAGCCGGGCUGGCGGCUCAACCGCAAGCCCAUCGAGUCCACGCUGGUGGCUUGCUUCAUGACCCUGGUCAUAGUCGUGUGGAGCGUGGCUGCCCUCAUCUGGCCGGUGCCCAUCAUCGCCGGCUUCCUGCCCAACGGCAUGGAGCAGCGCCGGACCACCGCCAGCGCCACCGCGGCCGCCCCCGCCGCCGUGCCCGCGGGGACCACCGCGGCCGCCGCCGCCGCUGCCGCCGCAGCCGCCGCCGCCGCCGCCGUCACCUCGGGGGUGACCACCAAGUGACCCGCUCCCCACCUCCCUGUGUCCGCCCCGUGUCCGCCCACGCUCGUGGGUGCCUUUCUCGCCGGGAGACUCGGCCGGUGUGCUUCGUGCUGUGGUUGUCCUUAGUUCUUUUCCGGGGAGGGGACACGAGAGGCCCCAGCGAGUUUGCAAAUCCAAGUCUGUUGUUGUGCUUGUUCUUCCCAAAAGAGAUGUGAGCCCUUGACCGCGAAGGGUGGGAACCAGGCUCUGAAGGCAGAAGGGAGGAAAAGGGCCCUUUCCCCACCUCGAUUGCAUCCCCUGCCCCCGUCCCCUCGUCCCCCCUGCGCCCACGUGCCCCUAUUCAUGGCAGAAAAUGACCAGAUCCUGUGUAUUUGUUUUAUAUAUUUAAUAACUGUUUUAAAUGAAAGUUUUAGUAAAAAAAUAUAAAACAAAAAGAUUAAAUUGCUAUCGCUGUAGUAACAGAAGCUCUUUGUAUUUGAACAUAGCUGUAUUUGAAGUUUGUUGUUUUUUAAUUUAUUUUAAAAGGGGGUGGGAGGGCAGGGAAAGGAUUUGACACUGAUUUAUUGUUACUGUUGAAAAUGAACUUUCUGAACCUUUUCCAAGUCGAUCUAUCCAGUGAUGUGGCCUGGUGGGCGUUUCUUCUUGUACUUCUGUGGUUUUCUGGCUUUUAAUACAGACAUUUUCCUCCAGA